CACAACCACCAGAGGAGAGCAUGGGCCUGCUGUCCAUCCUCCGGAGGCUGAAGCAGUCCCCGGACCAGGAGGUGCGCCUGCUGCUGCUGGGCCUGGACAACGCCGGGAAAACCACGCUGCUCAAGCAGCUGGCGGCCGAGGACAUCACCCACAUCACGCCCACCCAGGGCUUCAACAUCAAGAGCAUGCAGUCCGCCGGCUUCAAGCUGAACGUCUGGGACAUCGGAGGGCAGCGGAAGAUCCGGCCCUACUGGAAGAACUACUUCGAGAACACGGACGUGCUGAUUUACGUGAUCGACAGCUCCGACAGGAAGAGGUUCGAAGAGACAAGUUUGGAGCUCUCCGAGCUGCUGGACGGCGAGGAGCUGGCCGGCGUGCCGCUGCUGAUCUUCGCCAACAAGCAGGACCUGCUGACGGCCUCCACGCCUCGGAGCUGGCCGAGUGCUCCACCUGCACACCAUCCGGACCGCAUGUGGCAGGUGCAGGCCUGCUCGGCCGUCACCGCCGAGGGAGUGCAGGAAAACUGGGAAAACGACCACCUGGCAACCCUGCGCUGA